AUGUUUUGCUCACCACCGCCAACAACACUCCACAGCAAAACGAUGGAACCAAUUAGUAGCAGGAAGGAAAUCUUGGGUCUUUUUUGUUCCAAGUAUGGUGUUAAUGUUGAAAAUGUUGGAAACGAGAUCCUCUAUCCUCCUCCAAGUCAGCAUAAUGCUUCCAAAAAUGACAGCGCCAACAUGAAAAUCCCCAAUUUGAUUGAUGCCCAGGCUGCAGUUGAAUGCAUUACCGUGAAUCGCUAUGCUAUGAUGGCAGAUGAAGAAACAAAGGGUUAUUUCAGGUUGCAUAAGCUAGAUACUGGGCGGGAGGAGACACCAGUGACGACCAAAAACAUUGCUGUUGCGUCUUCAUAUGGCACGAUUUCUAGCAUCCUGUUGGCGAUGGUGUCACAAGCCUUGGUUAUUCACAAAGAUGAGAAGGGAGCAUUUUCAUUUCAGAUUGGAGCACAGCCCAAUUGGAAUGCCCGAGGAAUAGACCGAACAAAGGAACGAGAGGACCACGAAUUCGCUCUGGCGCCAUAUGCAACCAAAGGAGAAUUCGAAGAGAAAGAGGCCCUGGUAAUGUCAUGGGGUGACAAGUUAGCCUCUCGAGGAUGGAAGGAGUGCGAUGCUGAGUCCUAUGCAUUAAUGGCCAAACUUUAUACUGAUGAUGCUUCGAAAUUUAAAAACAUGGGUGAACUUGACAAAGCUGGGGUUGCCAUGUCGUUGUCUGAAAUCCUCAAUGGAAUAUUGGAAAACUAUAAAGGCCUCGCCACCAAAGAAAGUAUCCAAAAAUUUGUUGCCAAGCUGUUGGAACUUUCGCCAAUUGAUCAUUGGUCUACUGGAGCACUGAAUUGGGAGUGCAUUCAUGAUCUUGUUUUCAUAGCAAAGGUCCUUUGGGUUGGUUUGGAAUUGCCGUCUUUUGCAGCAAUUGGAGGCCGGCACCGGCUUUUCACGUUGUGUCAUCUUCUUCUUGGUUGGAAAGCCACCACCAAUGGCAGCACACACGAAUGCUUAGAAGCAAAACUUCCAAAUACUCUAAUUUGGUACCAAGCUCCGAUACAAAUUGUGGUGGGAAGAGAUGAAGGCCUUUUGCGCAGUUUCAGUCUCCAACUACAGGACCAAACUAAGCAUACAAUCCCCAUAAUUCUUGGUAACUUUAUGAUUGACGUUUUGGGGAAUUGCCAGAAGAGAUCAAAUCUGGAUGCUUUGAAGAAAGGCCCAGAUACUAUGAAACUCUUUUGGGAUGCAACAAUCAUGUGUCUGAAGUCAAAUGAAGCAUACAGAGAACUGACAAAGGCUGUACCAGGAAAUAAAAGCAGUCUUCUUGACAUUACACUUGACAGUAGAAAGCGGAACAAGAAGCUGUGGAACUCUUUCAUGAAGUUUCUGUCCAAAGGCAAAUAUAUGUUUCCAGCACGAGAAACAAAUGAGCCUGUUACAACCAUGCUUAUUUUUUCAAAUUCCACAAGCUUUGCUAAGAUAUUCCCUGAACUGAAAAAAGAAAUCACAGAUGUGUCCUUAAAAAAGCUUGAAAGCCUCGAUUUGUAUCUGAACAGCAUCAUCAACUUUGUAACCCCAACACUCAUGACCUACUACAUCUGGAGCGUAAGAAAUGAUAGGCAACCCAAUCCCAGAAGCAACGGGGACAUAUAUACCAAGCUCAUCCUUGACCACCGGCUUGGCAGCAUUCUAUUCUGGGCACUGACAAAAUGGGGAUUGGAAAUCCAAGGCAAAGACCAAAACCAAGGCAAGAACAAACCACUUUGGAUUGACCCCGAGCCAAUUUCAAAGGACUCUACAAUCAAGUCGAAUUUAUUUUGCUACUUUCAACGGAUGACUCUCCUCCUUGAGAGCGGGCGGUACAACUUUGAUCACAAUUUCGAUGGCAUCCAAGUCAAGAACCAUGUCAGCGUCAUCGCAAACAUGAGGAUAAAUAGCCUCUUGGGAUGUCCACCAAAAAUGGUCCUAGCUAUUGGAAUGACAACCCUAGCGAUUCCUCCUUUUCCCUUUCAGACCGCCAAAGAUGAGAAGUCAGAAGUUAUAUUCGGAUGCAAUCUGUCCGACAAGGAACUUUGCGACUGGGUACGGCUGAGUAAGCUACAUGAGACGCCAAAUGUUCAUGUUUUUACCAUUUCGGACGACAAAUGCUUAAACAACCACCCAUAUGGAUUUCAUCCUCAUCUCCACAAAGAGUCGAACACCAAGGACGUCCAUAUUCUUGUGGAAAGAGCCAGAGACAUGUUGAAAUCUUAUGGAUUGAAUGGCUUUGAUCAAAUCUGCUUUGAUUACUUCAUUGGGCAAACAAUAAACGCCCGGACCAGUACUAUUUGUGAGCUGGCCAAGUUGCUUAGUCCCGGUGGAGCACUGUAUAUGCUCAAACACAAAGAAGAUUGGACUGGGGAAGUGGGUGCAGAUGAUACGUUCAGAGAGGCCAGGCUCAAGGUGGAAGACUUCAAGCUCGGCUCCGAACACUGGCUCUGGAAUGCGACCAAUGCUGUCCCUCCAUGCUUCUUGAAAUCUUCCGGCAACUCCUCAAUUGAAUCUCAUCUCAAGAUAUCCAUUGUCAGUACAAAGGAAAACGCCAGGCUAUUCACUAUAAAUCGAUUUCAAUCAAACACAGAUCACCAACCGGCUGCCCCCGAGAUGCUCCCACCAGCAGGGAAAAGAGAUGCUGAAUUGGCGACAUCGAAUCCAAAUGAAAAUGGUUUUGAGAUGGACAAAGCGAAAGAUGUUAGGCACAAGCAUCGAUGCCCAGGCAACCAAACGCACAACCCAGGAAGAGACGGCAGCCAAGAAGCCAAAGAUGACGAAGCAACCAACAACGACAAAGCAGCCAAAAACGCCAAUGAAGCCACCAAGCCGCUAACUGCGUCCGAGUCACCAACUGCCCUGGAGUCACCAGCGGCCCCAGCUACCCCAGAGUCACCAGCUGCCCCCAAGCCACCAACUGCCUCGGCCAAGAAGCCUAAGACUCGAAGGACUGACAGCAAAUACUUCAAAAGGGGGGAAACUAGAACCUCAAACGCAGUAUGGAAGAUGACCAACGCCAAGCUACUGGACACCGCAUACCCACCGCCCUACCUCAAGGGCGUCCUUUACAUGUUGUGGUAUUUGCACGGCGGCGGCUUGUUUACAAAAGAGACUUUACACAGUUUUCAGUCUUGUUUGCUACGUUGGUCUGAGAAGGAGCCAAAUAUCACGGAGGCUACAAGGCUAGAGAAGAUACAAGAGCAGGUUGGUUCUUUCCAAGAUUUUCACAAGCACAGUCUAUUUCUCCCAAAUGCGAAACAUCCGUUCAAUUUUGUGCUGAUGAGGCCAGAGCUUCUAAAAGGAGUGGCCAGCCAUCUCAAAAUACAGGCAGAGAAAAUGGUUUGGAAGCCAAUUGAAAUUGAUCCAUUUGAAGCCAGCAACUCAUAG